AACAAGGGACAGUCUGGCCUGCUUUCCCGCCCUAAACCGGCCCAAUGACCUUCUUUCCUCCCAGUGACCACUCCUCUGGGCUGGCUUCCCUGCAGGCCCACAAACAGCCCAGCCUCAGGAGUCAGCCUGCGUUCCUGCGACCAGCUGCGCGCUGCUCCCCAUUUCUCAGGAGGGAAAGCUCUCUUGAAAGAGCUGGAAAGGUGCCCGACUCCCGCCAUGCUGGCGCUGCUGUGUGCCUGCCUGCUCCUGGCGGCCCGCGCCUCGGACCCUUGGACCCACCCGGGCUCCGCGGAGCCCAGCUCCAACAUGGCGGAGCAGAUCCGCGACAUGCACGCCAAAGUGACGGAGAUCUGGCAGGAGCUGAAGCAGCGGCGGGCGGCGGGCCGCGGCCGGGAUGCCGCGCUCUACGCCACCUGCCAGGUGCAGCCGUCGGCCACGCUGGACGCCGCGCAGCCCCGGGUGACCGGCCUCGUGCUCUUCCGGCAGCUCGCGCCCGGCGCCAGGCUGGAGGCCUUCUUCGACCUGGAGGGCUUCCCAGCCGAGGCCAACGGCUCCAGCCGCGCCAUCCACGUGCACCAGUUCGGGGACCUGAGCCGGGGCUGCGACUCCACCGGGCCGCACUACAACCCGCUGGCCGUGCCGCACCCGCAGCACCCGGGCGACUUCGGCAACUUCGCCGUGCGCGACGGCAGCCUCUGGAAGUACCGCGCCAACCUCGCCGCCUCGCUCACCGGCCUGCACUCCAUCAUGGGCCGCGCCGUGGUGGUGCACGAGGGCGAGGACGACCUGGGCCGCGGCGGCAACCAGGCCAGCGUGGAGAACGGCAACGCCGGCCGCCGGCUCGCCUGCUGCGUGGUGGCCGUGUGCGGGCCUGAACCCUGGGCGCGCCAGAUGCAGAAGAACUCCGAGCGCAAGAAGCGGAGGCGGGAGAGCGAGUGCAAGGCCGCGUGAGCGCGCCCCCACCCAGCGGGCCGUCCGAGAGCCUCACUUACGCCCCGAGACC